CUUUGCCAGAUUCUUAUCAAUGGCUUCUCUGUUGGCCAGGAAGUGAUGUCCGGACGUGAAAAAUUCAGACUUGCAGCAUCCCACACAGAGAAAACUUUGUCUUCUUUUACAGUUGAGAUGGCGAAUCAAGUUGUGGUCGGGGGAGGGUUAGCCUGUGGAAGCAAACUUGAUUAGGUGCUUGCAGAAUAAAAGAACAACACAUUUCAGAUAGAAGAAAAUCCAGCUUCUGUAUGAAAAUAUAAAUAAAUAUGGUGACCUUCUACUCUAAUGCAUGUCUGCAUCGCUAGAUACGCCUUCUGAGCCCUGAUGUGGAGGAAUUUCUUCUUUCUGUGACCUACACAGUGAAGUCUGCAGUUCCAGGAAAAAAAAAAAAGGCAGGAACUAGCUGCAGAAUUUUUAUUGUUUGAAGAGAGAGAGAGAGAGAGAGAGAGGGAGAAAAAACACAUUUCUUUUAUCAGUUUUUUUCUUUUGAGAGGAUGCUUGCUGUCAGUGUAAAGAUGUGGAAUGUUCCCUUUUUUAAUGCCACCUUGGUAAUGGAAAUAUGGAAUGUUAAUGCAUAAACUCUGCAAAGUACAUCCCAUUGCAGUGCAAUGGGGUAGGAAGGAGGAGCGUACUUCUGAGCACUUCGUUUUAUGUCCUUUUUUCAUUUCUGGAGGCUUGGGAAUGAACCACCAUUAGCCGUGAUUUUUAAAGGCAUCUUGGAAAACAGCUCGGUUUAAAAUGAAGACAUUAAGAAUCCAUGAUACUGUUGAAGAACGAUGUUGCUCAUGUGGCAUUUUAUGGAUUACUUAUAAAAACAAACUAUACUAGAUGGAUUCUGAAGCAAAACAUAUGAAAGUGCCUCAUAAGAACUACAUACGUUUUGAAAAUUGGUUAUAGUGGUGUUUUGUUGACUUGGGGAACAGUCUUGGAAAGCUCAUGUUCCCUUUCCUGGAUUCUGCAGACUGAACUUACUUAGUACCUUUCUUUGCAGACGUAGGAGCUGAGAUGCUUCUGUUAUUGCUUCAACAUGUUCAGAAUAAGAACAGCUUGUAUUUAUGACCAGUUUGAAAUGGCCAAAAACUCAUAGGUCAGUUGUUAGUGAGUAUCUCUUAUUGAUACUGACAUGGGUGGCAGCAUCCGUUCAGAUGACUUUUACAUGCGCCGGUUCAGGGCACAGAAUGGCACUUCAGGGUCACCUGUCAUGUCACCGCUGGGUCCAACUCGCAGUGAAAGUACCCAGCAUCUCGGAUCUGCUCAUGCAGUCCCUAAAAUGGGAGUCAGAGCCAGGAUUGCUGACUGGCCUCCUCGAAAGGAUGCAUCCAAAGAUGGUACAAGGUCAUCACAUGAAGGUGAAUUGGCAAGUUCUCCAGAGAGUACGUCCAAUAAAAGUACCAGCCCUAGUAGUCAGUUUGGAUCCAGCACUCAGAGUUCAUCAGACUCUGCUAUGUUGAGGAGUAUUCAGAACACCCUUAAAAAUAAAAUUGAAAGUAUGGAUUCCAGGUUCCUUACACCAGAAGGAUACCCUAGCUCACCUCGAAAAGCCUUGCGCAGGAUUCGACAGAGGAGCAACAGUGACAUCACCAUAAGUGAACUAGAUGUGGAUGGGUUUGAGGAGUGUACAUCACCAGGCUUUAAAUGGGGGGCUCCUCUGCACAGGGUAUAUGGUAGUACCUCUUCUAUCGAUAAACAGGGAAUGUCAGGAGAGAGUUUCUUUGAUUUGCUGAAGGGAUACAAAGAUGAAAAGCCUGAUCAGAGAAGCCCUGCACCAGAAAAACUCAGUGAACUCUUAGCAUCUGGGAUCAGCAAGGCAUCAGAAUUCAGUAUUGAUAUUGUCGAUGGGGCUCACAGAGAGAGUCCAAAGUUGUUUAGGGACCGAGAUAAGCCUCUCAAGAGGCGUUCCAAGUCUGAAACUGGGGAUUCUUCAAUCUUCCGUAAGUUGCGCAAUGCCAGAACUGAAGGUGAUCUUGGAAAGUCCUCAGACUUUGAAGACAACAAGUCAGAGGACAGCAUCAGGCCUUGGGUGUGCCAGAAGUGCUUUGCCCAUUAUGAUGUGCAGAGCAUAUUGUUUGACCUGUAUGAAGUUGUAGUAAAUAGGCACAAUGUAAUUAAAAGGCGAAACACAACAACAGGAGCUUCUGCAGCUGCUGUGGCUGCACUUGUUUCAGGACCUUUGACUCACUCUGUAAGCUUUGGUUCACCCAUGGGCAGCACUGAAGACUUGAAUUCAAAAGAAAAUCUUAAUGCUGACCAUGGAGAUGACAAGAGCAAUGAACUUGUAAUGAGCUGCCCUUAUUUCCGUAAUGAAAUAGGAGGAACGGGAGAAGAAAGGAAGAUUAGCCUGUCUAAAUCCAUUUCUGGGUCCCUCAGCAGCAGCAGCAGCAGCAGCUGUGAAAGUACCUCGUUUGAGUCCUCUCUUAGUACUCAUUGCACGAAUGCUGGGGUGGCUGUUCUUGAAGUUCCAAAGGAAAACCUUGCAUUGCAUUGUGACCGAACAAAACGCUAUAUUAUUGAGCAUGUGGACCUUGGAUCAUAUUACUACCGGAAGUAUUUCUACCAAAAAGAACAUUGGAACUACUUUGGAGUGGAUGAGAACCUUGGACCAGUGGCAGUAAGCAUCCGACGUGAGCGGGUAGAUGAAAACAAAGAAAAUGGGCCACAAUACAACUAUCGUAUCAUCUUUAGGACUAGUGAGCUUUUAACAUUGAGGGGUGAGAUACUGGAAGAUGCCAUUCCAUCUGCAGCCAAGCACGGCACAGCACGUGGCUUACCGUUAAAAGAUGUCCUGGAAUUUAUAGUCCUAGAACUGAACGUCCACUGCCUCCGCUUAGCAUUCAACACUCCUAAAGUCACAGAACAGCUCAUGAAGCUUGAUGAACAAGGGCUCAGUUUCCAGUUAAAAGUUGGAAUUAUGUAUUGCAAAGCAGGACAGAGCACUGAAGAAGAAAUGUACAACAAUGAAUCUGCAGGUCCUGCCUUUGAAGAAUUUUUGCAGCUUCUGGGAGAACGAGUACGACUUAAGGGAUUUGAUAAAUACCGAGCUCAGCUGGACACAAAGACUGAUUCAACAGGUACCCAUUCCUUGUACACUACCUACAAGGAUUAUGAGAUCAUGUUCCAUGUCUCAACAUUGUUACCAUAUACACCAAACAAUAAACAACAGCUUCUGAGGAAAAGGCACAUUGGAAAUGACAUAGUGACAAUAGUGUUCCAGGAACCAGGAGCAGAGCCAUUCAGUCCAAAGAACAUCCGUUCUCACUUUCAGCAUGUUUUCAUUAUUGUGAAGGUACAGGACCCCUGCACAGACAAUGUAUGUUACAGUGUUGCUGUUGCAAGGUCCAGAGAUGUGCCUUCAUUUGGUCCACCCAUCCCCAAGGGAGUUACCUUUCCAAAAUCAUCUGUCUUCAGGGAAUUCUUACUGGUUAAGGUCAUCAAUGCAGAAAAUGCCACCCACAAAUCUGAAAAGUUUCGUGCCAUGGCCACAAGAACCCGCCAAGAAUACCUGAAAGACUUAGCUGAGAAAAAUGUAACCAGUACGCACAUUGACCCCUCAGGAAAAUUUCCCUUCAUCUCCUUGGCAACUAAGAAGAAGGAAAAAAGCAAGCCUUAUGCAGGGGCUGAACUGCAUAGUUUGGGUGCCAUUGUAUGGUAUGUUCAUGCUGAAGACUUUAGCAGUGCCUGUGAAAUUGACUGCCUUAUGGGAAUAUCCACUGAAUUUAUUGUUCUGAUUGAGCAGGACACACGACAGGUAGUGUUUAACUGUUCUUGUAGGGAUGUGAUUGGCUGGACUUCAGAUCCCACUACCAUAAAAAUAUUCUAUGAGAGGGGAGAUUGUAUCUCUGUAAGAAGUGUCAACAAUAACACAGAAGAUAUUGGGGAGAUUGUCAAACGGCUGGAGAUUAUGACAAAGGGCUGUGAAACAGUGGAGAUGACACUAAGAAGGAAUGGGCUUGGUCAGCUUGGGUUUCAUGUGAACUAUGAAGGAAUUGUGGCCGAUGUGGAGCCUUAUGGAUAUGCUUGGCAGGCAGGAUUGCGACAAGGAAGCAGGCUGGUUGAGAUCUGUAAGGUUGCUGUGGCAACACUUUCUCAUGAACAGAUGAUUGAUCUGUUAAGAACUUCGGUGACAGUUAAAGUUGUGAUCAUCCCUCCACAUGAUGACAGCUCCCCUCGUAGGGGGUGCACUGAAAUGUAUCGACUGCCUCUAAUGGAGUACAAGAUGAACAAUGAAGGAGGUUCUUAUGACUUUAAAUUCCCUUUCAAGAACAACAGUAAAUGGCAGCGCAGUUCAUCUAAGACCCAGUCCCCUCCACAAUCACAUGGAUCAGGGCAUUCAACCUCCAGGGCCGCUUCUGUUGGUGCCAAAACCCCACAACAUGAACGAGGAUCACAUAUGCCACGCAGUGUCUCGAGUGAUGGUCGUCCUCUGGAUAGCAGUAAAAGGUUGUCCCCUGGCUUGGAUACUUAUGUCUCUGUGUCAUCAGUUGCUGUUGGAAGGCCUCAGCCAUGUCGAAAUUCUCCCAGCAACCUUUCCUCUUCCAGUGACACUAGCUCUGGUGGUGGAACACACAGGAGACAGAAGUCAAUGCCUGAAGGAUUCCUUGUUCAUCGAAGAUCUCCUGCUUCGUUCGACAGGCAGAGCACCACCGACACCAUGGGAAGUGGAAAAUCCACCCCCUGCUGGCAGCGAAGUGAAGAUGGAAGCAUUGACCGGAAUCAAACAGAACCUUCAUGUCAUCUCCCAGCUGUAUCUAAGGUACUAUCUGGCUUCAGAGAGAGUCCAUCUGGAAGGCUGUCUAAGCAGGAGACAGGGAUUCACCUAUCACCAAACAAACAGGGACAGACUGAAACCCAGUAUUCAAGUCACUCCAGCAGCAAUACGUUAUCCAGCAAUGCAUCUAGUGUACACAGUGAGGAAAAAUGGUAUGACAGUGGAGACCGUGUAGAGACUGAUUUAAAUAGCUACUGCUACCUUCAGGGAACGUCUGCCGACAGUGGUAUUGAUACUACAUCAUAUGGUGCUACCCACAGCAGUGCACCUUCAUUGGCAGCAACGGCUUCACCACGAUCGGUUGUCAUGAAGGAAAAAACAUCACCAUGGCAGGCGUCGUUAGAAGGUGGGUCCCUCCCUAGCAGGAGUGGAGAGAAGUCAUCACACUCUGCCGAAAGAAGGGCAGAAAUCACAUUAAAUCUCAGUAUGGAACCUCUAAAUAAAGGCCGUCCGUCAUCUAGUCCACUAACACGAGACAGCAGUGUUUACAGCCUGAAUGAACCCGGGUCCCAAACCAGUACCAUGAAUUCUCGGCACUCUGCCAGUCCAGUAGUCUUCGGUUCUUCCAGAACAUCACCUAAGGAUGAGCCUCGCUCUCCUACGUCACUUCUGUUUGCUUCUUCAGGUCCCAGGAGCUUCUAUCCUCGACAGGGAGCUACAAGCAAAUAUUUGAUUGGCUGGAAGAAACCAGAAGGCACUUUUAACUCUGUAGGAUUUAUGGACACCAGAAAGAGACAUCAGAGUGAUGGCAGCGAUAUAUCUCAAACACGGCUACGUGCAUCAGUGCGCGACUUACGGUCCCCACAGAGGAUGGCCAAGUCAACAAUUGAAGAAGAGCUGAAAAAGUUGAUUGACCUGGAUAGCCCCCUACCAGAGGUGGACAAAGAUUUUAAGUCAUCUUUUCCUGGUACCCCAACUUCAAGGAGACCCAUUCACAGGACACUUUCAGAUGAGAGCAUCUACAGUGGACAAAGGGAUCCUUCGUUCUCAAACUCGCGUUCUUCGUUACUUGAUCAAGUCUCACCAAAUGAUGUUCUGUUUAGUAGUGCUUCCCUUCGUAGACGUGGCCCCAUCCGGAGGCCGUCUUACACCUUAGGAGUGAGAUCUCUACAUGGGGAACUUUCUGCUUCAGAUACUUCCCUUCCAGAUAUCCCUGAGCGGAGAAAGGAUUCGUUGCCCGACCCAGGUCUUAUGCCCCUUCCUGACACUGCUUCUGGCCUUGAAUGGGCAAAUUUGGUUAAUGCUGCAAAGGCAUUUGAAGUUCAGAGAGCUUCAUUCUUUGCUUCUACAGAUGCUACUCACAGCCCGGAGAGUCCUGCUACUGCAAGCAAGCCGUUGGACAGUCAGACAUCACCACAGGACAAGCCUUAUACUACAGAUGAUGAUGCACCCUCCACACUAGCGACCAAGGUGAGGCAACUGGAGACCAUGUUGAAGAGGCUACAGGAUGACCUUAAGAAGGAAAAAGACGACAAAUUAAACCUUCAAGCUGAGGUUCAACAGCUAAGAGAGGACAAUGUACGUCUGCAAGAGGAAUCGCAAACUGCAUCGGCAAAGCUGAAAAAAUUCACAGAGUGGGUUUUUAAUACAAUUGACAUGAACUAACAGAGCAUUUGUCUAAGGGAAACUGCAGAAAUUCUGUUGUAAAUAUCUUUUGUGAAAUUUAGCUUUAUUAGUACAUAUUACAGAAAAAAAGACAGGGAGCACUUUCCUCUACAAAAGAGAUUUUUUUGAUCAAGAUAUGUUGAUAUUUUAUAAAAAAAUAAAGAAGAAAAAAGAUGACUGCUAUAAUGUGAAUGAAUGUCUUUUUGGUUUUUUGCACAUUAUCUAUUUUGUACAAAAUGAUAAAAAAUUGAAACCACUUUCUUGCUCUGAUGCCCCCUUUUCCCCAUAUAAUUAAUUGUAUAAUUCAUUGUCUUCUAAGUUGUGUGACAGAAAUAUUAAAGUAGUUUAAGAGUAA